UAUCAGUGGACGACACCCCUGAAGUGUUGCCGACGUUUUCCUGUGGCGAUAUGUCGUAAUGUGAUAACAUAAUUUAUAUAUUUAUUCACCUUGGGGUACAAGUGAUUUUAAUUAAAUCAGGUGGACUGAAGGCCGGAUUAAUUGGAAGAAACUACCGAGACAUCGUAUUCUCACCAUUCAAUGCGAAAUAUAUAAAACGAAUUAUUAGUGGAUCUCACAAGUUUAUCUAUGUUUUGUAUCUUAAAUUAUUUUCAGUAAAGAUUUAAUAAACGCGGAAGCCUUCACUAAAAACGAAACAUCCCGAUAACUUCACUCCUACUGCUAUAUGAUAUCAUAUAUUAUAUAAUUAUGAAAUCCUAUGUGGCCGUGGUCAUUUACUCGGUCAAUUCAAAAAAUUCUGUGUUCCAGAAGAUGCGGGUUAGAUCUUUGAAAAUGGGUAUAGAAAAGGUUGAUGCCUUCGAUAAACUAAUGUUAUUUUCUUGUAGUGUAGAUCCAUCUUUAUCAUGGUCUGUUGAAGGUUCUUCUUAUAAGGAAAGAUGGAUUCCUGUAACUCCACACGCAGCCAGUGGUUUCCUUGUUUCGGACCGUAAUUCAUCAAUGAGUUCUACAUUGUCUGUUGAUUUAGAAUUAGAAACUGUUUCUGGUUCCGAAAAAUCUUGUAUCUCAUUCACUUUACGUCCAGAUUACCACGAUGACCAGGGUCUACUUUGUCUUCCAGUUUCUUCAGUUAGCGGAAUUUUGGAUGAAAUUUACCUGUACUAUCUGUUUAUAUUUGGCUACAAACCACUUCAUACAGACCACAGAACACCUCUCUACUUGUGCCUCCCUCCAGUCAAUUCAUCCCUGCAUCAAAAUGCAACCUCCCAACCAAUCAUAGUCGGUCAUGCUGGUGCUGGUGUAAAACGCGCACAUCAUGGUAAAGGGCUUGAAUGGCCUGAGAACACAAUAUGCGCCUUUCGACGUGCUGAGCAACUUGGAGUAACAAUGGUGGAAUGUGAUGCAAAUAUCACAAAAGAUUCUGAAGUCGUUUUACAUCACAACUUCACACUAGGAGUAUGUGAGCAACCGAGAAAAUCUGAAAACGAUCCACCAACUUUCAUUUUAGAACAUAAAACUGAUGGCGUAGUAAAUGAAAAUAGCACAGAUCUGAUUGUGAACUACCAAUUAUCUGGAAUUCGCAACUUAUUGAGAAAGGUCAAUGGAACGAUCGGUAAUGCAAACAUUAUCCAAAGUCAGUAUCCUAGUCCCUUAACAAUGAGUGAUCCUAUUCCAAAUAUUCAUGGUAAAGAGGCUGAACCAAUACCGUUAUUAAAAGACGCAUUCUACCAAACUUCCACAAACCUAAGCUUUAACGUAGAGCUAAAAUAUCCCAUAGAAACGCCAUAUAAUUUAAUUGCUGAAGCAUUAAUUAAACAUAAACCUGUCGAAUCUUCUUUACCAACACCGUCCUCAUAUUUCUAUAAGAUCAACAAAUUCUGUGAUACAAUAUUAGAUACAAUAUGGUUACAUGCUGGACCCAGAUACGUUAUACUAUCUUCAUUUAACCCUGACGUAUGCUUAACUUUAAGGUUAAAGCAAUCUUUUUUUCCAGUCUUGUUUAUUUCCCGUGGUGGUUAUCCAAAUGAUAGUAGUCACAAGUCAGAUCCACGACACCACAACAUAUUCUCUGCAAUAAGUUGGGCACAUAUAAUGAACUUAAAUGGGAUUGUUACAGUGGGAUAUCAUUUCGGUUCGACAAAUGAUGUGGAUGAAAGGCAGCUCAAAUAUCUUGAAGCGGAUUUGGAGAGUAAACAGCUAUCCUGUUUUGUAUAUGGUGAUGGUGUGUCUGAAAUCCGUUUUUAUAGAAAAGCAUCACAACUUAACUUGACUGGAGUAAUCGUUGAUCGGUUAGAUGAAUUUAUGCAUAUGUACCAUGAACAAUGCAAAACAAGUACGCAAUUGGAGUCUCCAAACCUUUAAUUAAUUUCAUGAAUUUUAAACAUAUAUUUAAUUGAUAGACAGUAAAUUUGUACAAUUAACUUUUUUUUGUAAAAAAUGUUUACUGGUAUAAAGACAAUUUAGU